AUGUUCUCUUUACUGGUUUCCUUUUUUCUCGGCACUCAAUGCGAUUUGCUGUUGCCUGUUUACCGUUUGCUGACUUCCGCAGUGCCACCAAGGAUCCAUCACAUUAGCACCGGCGGACAUUUGCAAGUCAAAAAGGGCUCUUCGGUGCGUAUUGAAUGCUCGGCCUCCGGUAAUCCGACGCCGAAUGUAACUUGGAGUCGUAAGAAUAAUAUUUUGCCCAACGGCGAAGAGAAACUCCACUCACAUAUUCUGUCAAUCGAGAACGUGGACCGGCACAAGGGCGGCGUCUACAUUUGCACAGCCAACAACGGUGUCGGACAACCGGCAUCCAGUCAAGUCGUCCUGCAUGUCCUAUAUCCACCCGAAAUAUCCGUUGAGCGUCCCAUAGUUUUCUCUGGUGAAGGGCACGAAGCUAUGCUGGUGUGUAUAGUUCACGGAGAAACGCAACCUGAGGUCAUUUGGUUCAAAGACACCAUGCAGCUGGACACCACCGAACGUCACAUUAUGGAGAAUCGUGGCUCACGUCACACGCUGAUUAUACGGAAAGUGCAUCCCCAGGACUUUGGUAAUUACUCUUGUGUGGCUGAGAACCAACUUGGGAAAGCACGAAAAACUUUGCAAUUGAGCGGGAAACCAAACGUAGCCGUAUUCAACUCGCCACCAAUUAGUCAGUACAAGGACAGAUAUAAUAUUUCUUGGACCGUAGACUCGCACACAUCCAUCGAAGAGUACAAAUUAUCCUUCCGAAGGUUGCCGCAAGGACAUGAGGUCGACAACUCCAUUGAUACGCAUUCCGGCUCGUCCUCUUCGACGCUGCUGCAGAUGUAUGGCGGUGGUGGUGGUGGCGGCGGCAGUGGUAUUGGCAGUAUGGGCAGCGGUUUGCUCGGCAGCCAGCAUAAUCAUCGCCUCAGCAGCGGCUUGGGGGGUUCCGGUCUCAGCAGCUAUGGCAAUGUGUUGCAUUGGGGUCGCAACGAUUGGCGCGACGUAGUGCUGCCAGCAAUGCCAUUGUCACAUCAUUACACGCAAGGCAUGAGCUAUAUGAUACGCGGCCUGGACCCAGACCAACAUUACGAGGCCACCGUGCAGGCGAGGAAUCGUUAUGGUUGGAGUGACUUGACGCACAGUUUCCUCUUCUCUACAUCUUCGAAUGAUAAUGAGAUGCGCGAUCUGAGUGUCACCUUCUACGGCAGCGGUGCUACUCACAAACUCCGAUUAAGCCUCGCCGCACUUUCGUUUGCGACCUUAGCUUUAGCGAAACUCAUCAAAAGUUUUUGGAUCUAAAUUCAUCUGCUGAGAUGCUGUGUUGUGCCCGAAAUAAGCGGGAGAUUGAAUUGAAAUUCCAUAAAUAAGUGAAAUGACAAAAGUUGAUAUUAUGCAAUCAGAGUACUUUUAUAACUGCAAAAUAGGUAAAAAGGGAGCUCAAGUAAAGCAAAGCAAA